GACGCCGUAAACUGACGCAACGUGGAGUUGUUUACUAUUACUUCAGUCACUGUCGAGUUAUUCUGCCGAUGUAAACGCUUUUAACAAUUACCAGGACACGGGAAUUUUGACUGUGCCCAACGGAAGACAUGGGGAAGCCAAAGAAAAAGAGUGACCUCAGCAGAGCUGAGCUGAUGAUGAUGACCAUUGCUGAUGUUAUCAAGCAGUUGGUUGAAGCCCACGAAGAGGGAAAAGACAUAAAUCUCAACAAGGUUAAAACUAAGACCUCGGCUAAAUAUGGACUCGAAGCCCAGCCCCGUUUGGUGGACAUCAUUGCAGCCGUUCCACCGCAGUACCGUCGUGUUCUGGUUCCCAAACUUAAAGCCAAACCCAUUCGAACUGCCAGCGGGAUUGCUGUUGUAGCUGUGAUGUGCAAACCACAUCGAUGUCCUCACAUCAGCUUUACUGGAAACAUCUGUGUCUACUGUCCAGGUGGACCAGAUUCAGACUUUGAGUACUCGACACAGUCUUACACAGGCUAUGAGCCAACAUCAAUGAGAGCAAUCCGAGCUCGCUAUGACCCCUUUCUUCAGACCAGACACCGAGUUGAGCAGCUGAAGCAGCUUGGCCACAGUGUUGACAAAGUGGAGUUCAUCAUCAUGGGGGGGACUUUCAUGGCUCUGCCUGAGGAGUACAGAGAUUACUUCAUCAGGAACCUGCACGACGCCUUGUCAGGACACACGUCCAACAAUGUAGCUGAGGCCGUCAGGUACUCUGAGCGCAGUAAUACCAAAUGUGUGGGAAUCACCAUAGAGACACGGCCAGAUUACUGCCUGAAGCGUCACCUCAGUGACAUGCUGAGCUACGGCUGCACCCGGCUGGAGAUAGGAGUCCAGAGCGUUUAUGAAGACGUGGCCCGUGACACCAACAGAGGCCACACAGUUCGAGCAGUGUGUGAAUCUUUCCACCUGGCAAAGGACGCCGGCUUCAAAGUGGUCGCUCACAUGAUGCCAGACCUUCCCAAUGUUGGCAUGGAGAGGGAUGUGGAGCAGUUUAUUGAGUUUUUUGAGAAUCCAGCAUUCAGGCCUGACGGUUUGAAGCUCUACCCAACCCUGGUGAUCCGAGGCACAGGUCUGUAUGAGCUGUGGAAGACGGGGCGGUACAAGAGUUACACUCCAAGCGCUCUGGUGGACCUGGUGGCCAGGAUUUUGGCAUUGGUUCCACCCUGGACACGUGUUUACCGGGUGCAGAGGGACAUCCCCAUGCCUCUGGUGAGCUCAGGGGUAGAACACGGCAACCUGAGAGAACUGGCUCUCUCCAGGAUGAAGGACAUGGGCACGGAGUGUCGAGACGUAAGAACUCGAGAAGUGGGAAUUCAGGAAAUCCACCACAAAGUUAGACCUUACCAGGUUGAACUUGUGAGGAGGGACUAUGUUGCCAACGGCGGCUGGGAAACCUUCCUGUCUUACGAGGACCCGGAGCAGGACAUCCUGAUUGGUCUGCUGAGGCUACGCCGCUGCUCGCCACAGUCGUUUCGCCCGGAGCUGAAAGGAGGAGUGUCCAUCGUCCGAGAACUGCACGUUUAUGGCAGCGUGGUCCCCGUGAGCAGUCGAGACCCCAGCAAAUUCCAGCACCAGGGUUUCGGAAUGAUGCUAAUGGAGGAGGCUGAGAGAAUUGCCAGAGAUGAGCAUGGCUCCGGAAAACUGGCUGUCAUUUCAGGGGUAGGAACGAGGAACUACUACAGAAAGAUGGGCUAUGAGUUAGAGGGACCUUAUAUGGUGAAGAGCUUAAAUGGUCCACGAAUGGAUUGAGCCCUAUCUGUUUUUUACGGAUGGUGCUUGACCAUUGACAUGCCCACACCUCCCUAUUUCCUUUAUUUUAUUUUAUUUUUUAAUCAAAACAUAAUUGCUGCACUUCUAGCAGAAAAACCGUUCCAACAUCAGAAGAGAUAAUGUUUUGGUUUCUUUGCACAGCCCGUGUACCUGCUUUUAUCUAAAUACGCAUCAGGCAACACUGCUGCUGCUUCCUCCAUUUUAUUAAGAUAAGAAAAUGUGUGAGAGGACUACGGAAGCAAAGCUAUUUACUUUUCGAAGCCAGCCUCAUCUGGUAGCUGAGGUUUAGAGGUCACCUGAAGAGCUAAACACAUUUUACAGGUAGAUUGUAGAAGCCAGAGGGUCCAGGAUUCCACCAGUGAAUUGGCUUUGAAGUCACGAGCAGCAAAGACUGCUUCUAACAUGGAAUAAAAAGCAACCCACCAAGCAGUUUUGGAUUUCUCUCCCAUAAUAGGUGUUACAUAAUGAUUAGGUAUUCGUGAAUAAUUGUGUUUGUCUGGGAUGAGACGCCAGGUUUGAGUUAAUUGUGUUAUGCUGCCGUUAAAUAGAAAACCCCUUUUAAGUCAAGCAGUCAUUAAUGGUUGGCAGUGGAUGAAUGAACACUGGGAAGUGUCCUCACUGGGCAGCCGGUAUGAAAUUUCACAGUUUGAAAUUAUGGGGCAGUAAAUGAAUAUUGAUGUUACAUAAAUCACUUCCUCUUUUAAUUUUUUUAAAGCCCCCACCAGAUAAUCCUGUGUCUUGUUUUUCUGCCAUGCAAUUGUCGGGCUUUGUGCCUUCUGGUAAAAUCCAGACAAACGCAGAACUCUCUUCUCCCUCAAAGAAUAAAGUAUAUUUCAGUUACAGUUUUAUUCCUUACAUUGUGUGAGUCUUUCAUGUGUGCAAGACAUUUCAGUAAGUGAACCUAAAUGACAGAAUAGUCAAAAAGGUCUCAGCUUUUAAAGAAAGGUCACAGCAAGAGAGUGGCUUUUGUAAUAUAUUCCACAAUGUCAAGGGUGCCAGCCCUUUCAACAGACCCUUGAUGAUUACCUUAUGAGACUGUUUACCUGGCUCAUUUGAUCCAGCAUUUCCAAUUAUAUCUUCAUCAGCUACCUGUCUAUUGAACAUUGACUGAAUGUUGUGUUCAGCCACACUAUUACUGGAAAGGAUUUGUCAUUUGAAGAAUAGCCAGCAAUAAAGCCCAAAAGGCUCAUUUCGCCAACCUAUGUCUCAUAUAGAUUCCAAGUGCCUGGGGUGACUGAAGCUGAACGGUCACGCGUAAUUUCCUGGCUGUGGCCACUGUGCCCGGACUCUGUUGGUGUUGCAGUCCUGACGCAUUGAGCAAUAGGCCACAUUGGCGUUUCCUCUCUAUGCUUGCUCACUUCUGCUAUCAUCUGUGAAAUCUGAAAGGACUCCCCCACUUCCCCCCACCCCAACUCCCAUCCUCACACUCGUCUGUGCAAAGCUGAUUUGUGCUGUAGUGGAGACAGAGUUUGCUCUAAUCUUCACUGCAGCAUGAGCAGGAGUGUUGAGAGUUCGCUCAGUUGAAGGUUAUAGCGCUUGCCUGCAAGGAUUUCUACAGUAAAAGAGGUGAAAAGUGAGGGAGGUGUUUUGAGCGUUGCCAUCGUUAGAUUUCAUUUGUAGUACUAGAUUUAGACUCCUCGGGAAACUCGUAAUGAUUCAGCUGUCUUGUGUUAUGACAUUUAACAUAUUUACGUUGAAUUGACUUGAAUUAAAAAAGGACAUUAGUGUUGCACUAUGAAUAAUUGAUGAUAAAAAAUAAGAAUUUCCAAGGAAACCAGCCUCCUUAUCCCUUGAAAUGGAUAAGAAUAUACCUGAGAUGCAUGAAUAUCUAACCGCCAAACAAUCCCUUUAAUAUAUAAAUUAUUAGUCAUUAAACAGGUCUAGCAUCAGUGAGUUGGUAAUACAACAGAAGCAUGCUGUUGGCAUAAUUUUGAAAUCAUGCCAAUAACAUCACCAUUAGGACUGCCAUUAGGGUGUUUAAUUUAGCAACUUGUCAGAGAGCGGGGCAUCCUCCUCCUUAAGCCUCUUCAGGGGAACCAUUAUGGCCUCCUGCUGUAAUUAGCUAAUGUUAGCAUGCUGAGCUAAGAUUAUGUGAAAUACUUUAUUACCAAACAUUUAACAUAAACCUCUUGUAACU